GGAGGAGGAGCAGGCAGGCAGGAGGACAGGCGGAUGUUCUGCUUCUUUCUGACCCGCACUCAGUUAACUUGAGCGGACAGACGAGAGAGUGUGCUCCCUUCAGCUACUAGCCACAUUCGUGUGGCGAAGGCGCCUAUAAGCAGUUGUCUUAGCUUACUAGAUCACCGGAGAGAAGAAUCGAUUUAUAUGUAAUCGUCCACUUCAAAUCGAACUAGUGUUGAUUCAUUUCAACGUUUAAAAUGUCCAUACUACCAUUCACGCCUCCGAUUGUGAAGAGGCUUCUCGGCUGGAAGAAGGGGGAGCAGAACGGCCAAGAGGAGAAAUGGUGCGAAAAGGCUGUGAAAAGUCUUGUAAAGAAGUUGAAAAAGACGGGACAGUUGGAAGAGUUGGAAAAGGCCAUCACAACACAGAAUGUCAACACCAAAUGUUUAACCAUACCAAGGUCACUCGACGGUCGACUCCAGGUCUCGCACAGAAAAGGUCUGCCUCACGUCAUCUACUGCCGCUUAUGGCGCUGGCCCGACCUGCAGUCCCACCACGAGCUAAGAGCCCUCGAUCACUGUGAAUACGCCUUCCAUACGAAGAAAGAUGAAGUGUGCGUGAACCCUUAUCACUACCAGAGAGUGGAGACGCCAAUUUUGCCUCCUGUCUUAGUUCCACGACAUACAGAUAUCCCUGCAGAGUUCCCACCGCUGGAUGACUAUAGUCCAUCCAUCCCUGAGAACACCAACUUCCCUGCUGGCAUUGAACCACAGAGUAACUAUAUACCUGAAACACCCCCACCUGGGUACCUGAGUGAGGAUGGCGAGGCAAAUGAUCACCAGCUCAACCACAGCAUGGACACAGGUUCACCCAGCCUGUCGCCCAAUCCUGUGUCACCCACAAACAAUAAUCUCGACUUACAACCUGUGACAUACUGUGAGUCCGCUUUCUGGUGUUCCAUCUCAUACUAUGAGCUCAACCAGCGUGUAGGAGAAACCUUCCAUGCCUCCCAGCCAUCCCUCACAGUCGAUGGCUUCACUGACCCCUCCAAUUCGGAGCGCUUCUGUCUUGGCCUGCUGUCCAAUGUUAAUCGCAAUUCGGCAGUGGAGCUCACACGCAGACAUAUAGGAAAGGGUGUCAGAUUAUACUACAUUGGUGGGGAGGUGUUUGCGGAGUGUCUCAGUGACAGCGCCAUCUUUGUCCAGAGUCCAAACUGCAACCAACGCUAUGGAUGGCAUCCUGCUACUGUCUGCAAGAUCCCUCCAGGUCUGCAUGAGAGGAGUAUAAACACAAACUUAAUAUGGGGAAUGACAAUUCACAAAGUCAUACUAUACACAUUCUCUUUCUCAGGUUGCAACUUAAAGAUCUUCAACAACCAGGAAUUUGCUGCGCUUCUUGCCCAGUCGGUCAACCAGGGCUUUGAGGCAGUUUACCAGCUUACCAGGAUGUGCACCAUUCGCAUGAGCUUUGUCAAAGGAUGGGGAGCUGAGUACAGACGUCAGACAGUGACCAGCACGCCCUGCUGGAUAGAGCUGCAUCUCAACGGCCCUUUACAGUGGCUGGACAAGGUUCUCACACAGAUGGGUUCUCCCAGCAUCCACUGCUCCAGUGUGUCUUAAAAGCAGCCACCUCCACACUCUCCCUUGUUCACACGUUAAGACUGUGAACAAGUCUUAGACUAGCCCACCCACCUCCCUGCUCCUCGCUGUGACAUUUUAACCUCACACUUUGCUUUUGCACAGUAGUGUCCCCGUGUGAUGUUCUGAGUGUUCCGUGCACAGCUACAGGUUAUCUGCAGGUUUCACAUAUACAUUCUGCCUUUCUGAUUCUUCAUAAUUACCCAUACAUUGCAAGAGCCUUGUGUUCAAUUUGAGGACAUUGAUUGUAUCCCCACAAAACAAGAGCAUUCAACUAAGAGGAGUAGAUUCAGGCAAGUUAUUUUUACUUUUUCUUACAUUUGCGUCAAUUUCUCAGGAAAUACAAUCCCCUAAGAUAAAAAAUCAAGCUUCUAAAAGUUUUGGAACUAGAUCCAAACCCCCUAAUUCUUAUUAGUCCCUAAUAGUAUUCCAGCUCAUGUACCAUGUUUUAAGAUAUUUUGGAUUCUGUGAAUUAACUGAACAAUUCCACUGGUGUUUAUGUCCCAGUACUGCUAUCUGUAAAUCAUUACAUUGUGAGGUUUAUUUGUAGGAAUACAAAUAGGAGUACAAUAUUUUCUUUCAAGCCAAUACUGAUAACUUCUUGCUUCUCAGGCCUGAUACUGAUAACUUUUUGUAUCCAUUAUUUUUAAAAUUUAGAUUUCACUGUAGGAUUUGAUAGAAGUGCACCUGUAAAUUUGUCCUGAUAAAGCAAAACAAAAUAACAGACUCAGAAGUACAAAUCGUGGAUCAGAGUGCCGGUCUGAUAAGGGUGAUAGGAACAGGCCCCAGGCCUUUUUUUUUGCAACUGGCGUUAGGGCAGCUUUUGGUGAUGUUGGCGUUUCAGGUUGCUGGUGGGGUUUGGUGUGUUAAGGUUCUAUGUUUUUUUCUCUCGUUGCAAAGUUUUUGUGGAGUGCAACUAUCGAGUGAGGUGUCUUAGGCAGUCUGGAGGUCCCACACGAUUGAUGCUGUGUGUUUACAGCACAUCACAUGUAGAAGAAAGAAACACUUGGUUUUCUCACCCUACACCACUGUAUGGUAAUCUUGCCCCAUUGGAGCAUUUUUUUAAUUAGCAGUUAUCAGAGCUAUUUUUUUUAUGUUAUUGAACUUACCGGCAUGACCUCACAUCGACCCAAUAAUUAUAGGGCUGAUAUUUAUCAUGCACCCCUAUUUAUUUAAGUAGGAAAAAAACACCAUGAUCAAUGUGAUUUUAAAAUGUGUACAAUAAUAGUCUAAGUACAAGGUACUUUGCCCACAAUUAUUUCAUCAUAUUAAUGAGUUAGAUGGUUACUUAAUUGGUGUUUUAUCUAUUUGAAACAAGAGAACACAAGCACCACGAUUUCUUGGAAAAAAAAUCAUCCUUGUAAGGAUAACUAUUUUACUCAAUGAAAAACACAUUUUAUAAGUUAUUUUUGCAUAGUGUCCUGCAUGGAAAUAUAUUUUUUAUUAUUGCCUCAGUAUGAUUGUACAUAACUAUUUAUAGCUUCUGAUUUCUUGUAGUUCUGCAUUGAAUGAAGCAGUGGACAUUGUGACUCAGCCUGCUCUCUUGUCAUUUAUUGGUUAAGUGAGGUGUAACAUAUACUGUAGGAUCAUUGCACUUGCUAGUAUUGAUGCUGCGGCAGGUUUGGAUGAAACACAAAUGUCUUAUCUCAAAGCACCAACCAAUGGCCAAUCUGCUCUAUGUGGGUGAAUGAUGCACUUCCAGUUUACUGUGUUGAUUGGUGUACAGGUUCAGUUUUAGUGGUUUAUUGUGUGUCCAGUAUUGUUUGUUCAAUGCCACAAGCAUGUGUAAUAUGCUCCCUGUCCUUAGACAUUGUCUUUGCCAUGUUAAUAUUCAUGCACUUCCAGUCCAGUCCCAACAUAAUCUGUUUGAAAGCAGUCAUGCAGAGAGUGUAUUGGUUAGUUGGUAGAGCUUUGUAUGUUCUUGUGGUGUUGCUUAGAUGUCUUCUUUUUCAUGUACAUUCUUUGUUCAAAGGGUCAUAUGUUUGCUCUAAACGGCCUGUUUUGUUAUGCCAACGUCUCAUAGUAAAAUAAAUGUAAGGAGACAAAAAUACUACGGUGUGUGCAA